GUGAUAUCACUUCCCCCUCUCCUGGCCCGCGCUUCCUCCUCCGUGUUUCCACAGCAACGCGGCGCUCUGGGUCCCUGUCCGGUGCCGUGAGUAGUGGUCUCCGCUCGGCAUUCAGGGCGGCCCUGCUGCUGUCUGGGGCUCAACCCGCCCUCGCUGUCCCUCGCGUUCCGCCUGUGCAGCCACCGGUUGGUUCAGUGGGACCCAUUGGCAUCCAGAGAUGUCAACCCCACCUUUGGCCGGGGCAGGGAUGCCUCCUGGUGCAUUCUCAGGAACGCAGGCUCAGGCAGCUAGAGAGGUCAAUACAGCAUCUCUCUGCCGUAUCGGCCAGGAGACUGUGCAGGACAUUGUGUUUCGAACCAUGGAAAUCUUCCAGUUACUGAGGAACAUGCAGUUGCCAAAUGGUGUUACUUAUCAUACUGGAACUUACCAAGACAGACUGGGAAAACUACAGGAGCAUCUCCGUCAGCUAUCGAUACUCUUCAGAAAGCUGAGAUUAGUCUACGACAAAUGUAAUGAAAACUGUGCUGGACUUGAUCCUAUUCCCAUAGAACAACUUAUUCCAUAUGUUGAAGAAGAUGGCUCUAAGCAUGAUGAUCGUGGUGCUGCUAGUCAGCUUCGUUUCGCUAGUGAAGAGAGAAGGGAAAUCAUGGAAGUAAAUAAGAAACUGAAGCUGAAGAAUCAGCAACUGAAGCAGAUCAUGGAUCAGUUACGGAAUCUCAUUUGGGACAUAAAUGCCAUGUUGGCAAUGAGGAACUGAACAAGCAAAAUUGAACUUCAUAAUCAGAAAAUAUGCAAAUAUGUUCGAAUACACUUCAUUUUAAGAAUAAACAUCGUUUCCUACAACGAUCUGGAAGCAGUACCUGAAAUAUCUUCAAGUUUAAAAUGAUUUUUUUUGUGUAUGUGUGAUAACUUAAAUGGUGUUGGCUUUGUUUUCAUAAAAGAGUCAUCCUGCAGAGUGUACCUGACCAAUUUGCUUUGGUUGAUUGUAAUACGUUUUGUAACUUAAAGUAAUAAUUUGGAUUGCUAUGCAAGUUGGAUCUGUGUAAAAUAAGCAUUUCUGGAUUUUUUUAGUAAUACAUUAAAAUACAUUUUAAGUAUAUAAUCUACUUGCAUUCAGUCUGCAGUGUAAACUACCUGUACAGAAUGGGAAAGUUGCAGCACAGAAAAGUAGCUUCAAUAAACUACAGAACUGCAAUAAAUUAUCAGAUCUUGUGAUGCAAUAUAUGUUUUCCUAUUGUAGGAACAUGAAUUACAAGGUACUGCACCUUGUAAGUUCAUCUUAUCCUAUCAUUGUUAUGUUGGUAGCAUUAGAUAAAUCAGAGCAAAAUCAAAACCUACAUUAAAAUUACUCAUCUUCUCAUGGAUAUUAUUAAGUCAUUUGAAAUGAAGAGUGUCUGCAAUAUAUCCUCGACCUUAGCUCCUUCUGUAACUGUAUGUUACCAUCUCUUGAACACUGCUCCAACUGUUGUCUGUCCAGUAUUCUUGUAGCAUUCUGUGUGGUUGCAGUACUUUGAUUUUGUGCAGUUUUCAUUAACUCUCCUCCUGUGAAUUCUGGUCCCAAAAAACUUUGGAGUGCGUGAGUAGUUUAUUAUUAUCUUCAGUUAUUCUGUCAACUUUCAUCUUUUAUUGUUCUACUCUCGUUCUCUUAUUGUCCAUAGAUGCUGUAAGUGCGCUGUAUAUCUCUUUACAGAUUAAUGAAUAUCUAAAGUAAUACUGUUUCAAUCCAAACCCUUAUGGCAAUUGAUUUUUAAUACAAGCUGAAAACUGA